UAAUAGUGAAAAUCUGAAACUGGCAAUAACAUGAUUCUUUUCUGCGCGCAGCCGUGAUUUUGCCGGAUUUUCUUCAAUAAAAACAGCUAAAUAAAUAAAUUUACUGUACAAUUUCGUAUUGUAAUAAAACCACUAUUACCACUGAUUAAUUUUAUUAUAGUUGCCUUUCAGUGUACAUACGACUGAUGAGAAGCGUCAAAUCUAAUAGGUAGUUCACAUUGUCUAAUCUGUUCAUGUUAUAAAAUGCCAACUAAUGCGAAUGGGACGAUUAAUAGGUUGGACAUUGCUAUUUCUAAUGAUUCAUUCUCUUCGUUAUGCUCAGGUGCCAUUAAAGUUAUAAGCAUGAUCAAGAAUUGGAAACCUGAUAACAUAGCUUUUGAACUUUUUAAAGAUGGUAUUACUAACCACUUGGUUAAAUGCUACCUCAAAGAUGACCCAGAUCAGGCUGUACUAAUUCGUGUCUAUGGUGAAAAGACAGAAUUGUUUAUUGAUCGUGACUUGGAAGUGAGGAAUAUGCAAAUGAUGUGUGAAGCUGGAUUGUGUGCUCCAUUACAUUGUGCCUUUACUAAUGGUUUGUGUUACGGUUUUUCUCCCGGCGAAGUGCUUGAUACUAAAAUGGUGCGAGAUCCUCACAUAUCUAGGUUGAUUGCUGAAAGAUUAGCCAAAAUGCAUAGUGUUAAGUCCAGUAUUAAUGGUUUGAUUCCCCAGCCUUCACUUUUUCCUAUUAUGUAUAAAUAUCUUCAACUUAUACCAGUCUCAUUCCCUGAUCCAGUGAAAGAUGAAAGGUUUAAGAGCUGCAUUCCUUCAAAGGAAGUUCUGGAAGAGGAAGUUAGUUCAUUGAAGGAGCAUUUAAUGACACUGGGAUCUCCUGUUGUGUUUUGCCAUAAUGAUCUGCUGUUAAAAAAUGUGAUUUUUAAUGAGGAAAAAGAUGAAGUAACAUUCAUUGAUUAUGAAUAUGCUGAUUAUAGUUAUCAAGCUCUAGAUAUUGGGAAUCAUUUUUGUGAAUUUGCUGGGGUGGAAAAGUUUGAACCAACAUUGUAUCCUAAUAAAGAGUUUCAGGUACGAUUUUUGAAAGAAUAUUUAGUGGCUUGGCAUCAAGCCAAUGAAUGGAGUCUUGAUAAUGUGACAGAAGAGACUGUGGAAGCACUUUAUGUUCAAGUCAACAAAUUUGCUCUGGCUGCACAUUUACUUUGGGGCCUUUGGGCAUUGCUUCAAUCAGCACAUUCCACUCUUGAUUUUGACUUUUUAGGGUAUGCUAAAGAGAGAAUAGAUGAAUAUUUUAAUCAGAAACCUGAAAUGUUUGCUCUAGAACUAAAUCAAUCGUGUCACCACAAAUCAAAUACCUGAUUAAUUCAAAUCAAUAUAUAAGUAUAUAUUCAUAAUUGUACAAUGCCUUGGUACUUGGGACUAAUUUCUAUUUUCAUUUUCUGCAAAUUUCAUGUAGAUAUUUAUAUUGACAGAUUUUAUAUGUACUAUUUUCAUAAAGUUCUUUGGAUUUUAUUUGGAGCUCUUAUUGGCAUAAAUCCAACUUCAUUUUUAUGUAUUGAAAUAUUAAAACUAGUCAUUCUUUUAUGUUAGCCAUUUUUUUUAAAUGUAUGGAAAUGACAUUUUAAUAUGAAGUUUGUAUUUAUUUACAUAAAUAUUACAUGCUUAAAUUUCAAUUUGUACAUGACAAAUACAGUAAAAUCUUCAUUAUUAGCAUAACUAUGAGUGCUUUAUAGUUAUGUUCCUAAUCUUUUUAAAAAAUAUGCCUCCUGUUGGGAGAGGGACAUUAUUUUUUUUACCUUUGUUAGUUCCCAAUGGUAAAGUUUUGUCAGUAAAUACUAAGUUAAUCAUUUAAAAAAAGAGCUAUUUCUGCAAUGUGUAUAAUAUUCAAUUAUCUGUUAUUAUCAUUUCUAGGUCACUAAAUAUUAUAAUCAAUGUCAUUUAAAAUGCAACAACACUCUUAUUUUUAUUUUGUGGGAAAUUUUAAAAAAUCUAUUCAAGUUAAAAAGGUUCAUUUUAAAUGUAUAAUGACUGUAAUUAUGAUUGUUUGACCACAAAUUAACACACACACACAUAUUUAUUAUUUUAAAAUGUGCAGAGAUUCUGUUUUUGAUGUACUCAAGUAACUAAUAUUUUUAAUUUUUUUUUUGAAUUAUAAAUUAAAUAGAGUUUAUUAUAAUUUUUUUAAAAAAAGUGGUUAAAUUUAUAAUUACCAUUUAUUUGUCUUCCCAUUAAUAUAUAAAUGACACAUUUUCUAAAUUAAAUUUGUAGUCAAUAGACAAAUCAGAGAUUCUAUGAUUAUCUAGAAUUAGGAGGGUUUACUGUAAUAUGGACAAAUGAAUGAAGUGCCAAGUUUGCCAGAAAAUGAAUGGUUUUGAUUUAUCCAAAUUUCUUUUUCAAAAAAAUUAUAAAAUUUGUGUUUUUAUACUGUAGAUUUUAUACAAUGUUGGAUUUUUUUAAAAUCAUGUUUGGAGUUUUUGGUGCUCUAAAGUUGGUGAACUGUGCUUCUGUAAAUUGUAAAUUAUUUCAUCUGGUUGUGGACUGUUUUAAUGUUACCAGUGUGUACCCUCUGUUUAAAUGUUAAAUAAUUUGUGUAUCUUAAAUUAUUAGAUGAAGGAGCUAACAUCUGAAGUAGGGAUUCUAUGUAAUUGGGAAAACAGUAACAUAAUUGUGUUCUUCGUAAUUGUGAAAAGCCAAAUUUUUAAAGUUAGUGCGCAUAAUUGUUAUUUUAAAUUAUUUAUUUAAUAUAUGCAGUAGAAUUUUGAUUAUUUGAAGUAAUUAUGACCAAAAAAAAAACUUAGGAUUAUCAGAAUGUUUAGUUUAUAAAGAUUCAAAAUUCUAAUUUCCCACUUCCAUAAGUAAACACUGUAAAUGGAUGUAAUAUGAUUUUAAAACUACUAAAAUUUUUUUUAAAACUUCAGUAGUCAUGAUAUUAACUUGAAUGCAACUCUGUAGCAGUUAUUUAAAAUAGUCAACUAAUAUGGGAAAUCAGAAAGCUAAGUUUAUGAAUGCUUAAAAGAGGGCAAAAGAGAAAGACAAUGUUUAUGUGUGUAAAAAAAAAAAAUCUUCAGUAUCAACUUUGGUAUGCAAAAUGUAUUUGAAUAAAUUAAGUUUAAAUAAUUGAGAUUCUACUGUAUAUAUCCUAAAAAUGUAUUCUGUAACCCUUAACUGAUUUUAUUUAUAAUAACUAUUCUUCAGUUACUUUAAAAUUGUUUAAAAAUGUCUUUUUGUUUACUGUGUUUAAAAAGCAUUGUGUAGGAAUAUAUAAAAGUAAGAAAGCCAUGACUAUUAAAAAGUAAUUUUGUUUCUCGUAAAGCAACGAAACAUAACUUAAAAACAUUGAAAAUUUAAAACUAAAUUAUUUAAACUCAUAAAGUUGCUAUAAUUAACUCCAUAACCACAGUAAUAUAUUGGAAGCAUAUUAUGGUUAGGGAGAGGUUAAGGCACUUGCAGGCACUGGAAAAACUUUUUUUUUUUCACUCUUAAAGUAUUGUCUACUUCCUUAACAGGAAUUGCAUUAUUUUAUAAAAUGAAAUUACGAAUAUAUAUAUUAAAAUAUGUAAACGAUAUUAAAAAGAUAAAGGUCAGAUAAGGCUAGUCAGAUUAUAAAGUAAUAAAUUUUACUUAUUAUGCUUUAUUGUGUUAGUCAUUUUGAUAAUAAUUUUGUUAUUGAAUUCUGGUCAAAAAUAUUAAUUUUUUUAAAUUUUAUUUAUUUUUUUAAAUUUUUUUAGUUGCAUGUUAAUUAAGUUUAUUAUUUUGAAUUCUGGAUUAAAAUAUUGAAUGUGAUUGGGUGUUUGAGAAAUGAGCUUUGUGUUCCGUGAAUAUUUCCGUGUGUAAUAUUUUAUUAGAUAUUUAAAAAAACUUAUCAACUCUGAGUUUGUUUUUAUUUUGAAAUUUUAGGCAAAAAUGUUAUUUUUUGUUGGAAUGGGGAAGUCUGGUUGGAAGAAUGAGAUCUGUGCUGUCGAAAUUAGUGAUAAAAA